UCAAUCUUCUCUCUCUUCAGCUCAAUCUGCCUUGUGACUUGCGAACCUCCCGAAUCUUCUCACUCCAGUCGAUCAGUCCCAACGAGCCAUCUAUAUCUUCUUUCCAUCUCUCUCUCACUGCUUCUCACUAAUUCCACCGCCUGAAUCGUGGUCUUCUCUUGCUCCGGAUCUUGUAUCACUCAUUCUCAAUUGGAUGGCUGAGGGAAAGCUUCAAAUUUAUCAUGAUCUUCUAUCGGAACCAAGUGAUCAAAUUUGCACUGACAAAGUUACUUCAGAUCAAGCAAUACCUGAGAACAUUCCUUUGUCACCUCAAUGGCUUUAUGCCAAACCAAGUGAGACAAAGAUAGAUGUAAGAACACCAAGUUCUCUUUCUCUCGGGCAUUCUGUUGAAUCCAAUCAGAAGGAAGUUUGGCGUACGGAUGUUCCCGAGGAGAAAAAGAAAUGGAGAAGAAAUCUGAUUGAGACCGACACUACCCUUCGCUGGCGUGAAGAAGAGAGAGAAACUGGAUUACUUGGUAGAAGAGAUCGCAAGAAGACUGAUCGACCUGCAGGAAGGGAAACCAUUGAAAAUAAGGUUUGCCUUCUUCUGAAAGAUGGAACGGUGUUUCUAACCGCAGUUCCGGGCAGGACUCCACUAGGCGUGAUGGCAAGUGGUCAUCGAGGUGGACUCCCGAUGACAAAACUACCAAGGAACCUCUGAAUGAGAAGAAGGUGGAUGUCGAGAAGGAAGAGGCUAAUACUGAACAUGAAUUAGAUUCUCGUGACAAAUGGAGGCCACACCAUAGAAUGGAAGGGAAUUCUACUGGAUCCAGCUCAUAUCGUGUUGCACCUGGUUUUGAGGAGAAAGGAAAGAUCGAGGGAGGAGUUAAGGCGGGGUUUAACUUAGGAAGAGGAAGAUCUAAUGGGACUUCUCCUUUGGGAAUUCCGGGAACUUUAGGCUUUUCAACGAAUACUUUUAUCUAUCCUAGGGGAAAGCUUCUUGAUAUCUAUCGAAUGGAAAAUUUUAUGGAACCGUCCUUUGUCACUAUUCUUGAAGGGUUGGAAGAAGCUCCUCCCAUAACGCAAACUACUCACCUCCAACCACUGGCUUUUGUGACUCCAGAUGAAGAAGAGGAGGCUAUCCUAGAAGAUGUUUUGAAAGGAAAAAUCUCUAGCAGCGGUGGGGCUAUAUACAAUUCAUUUCAGAAGGAAAGAUCAAAUGAUGGCACAAAAGAGACGUGUGAAUUGGAAUCAAAUGCUCUUUCUUCUACAUUAGCUGAAGACAAUGUCAAUCUCCUUGUCGACGACACAAAGGGUAAUGCUUGUCCCAAUGAAGAUCUGUAAAACCGACUGUUCUUAGUGGCUGACAAAGCCUACAACAGGCUUGAUGAGAAUGGUGCUAUUGAUGUAGUAAAGGCUUUGCAGCCCGAAAAUCUGGAUUCAGCAUUUAGUGGACGUCCUUUCCCCACUGACUUUUUAUCAGCAGCUACAGGUGAUACUAUUACUUUCAA